AUGCUUGCUUUUGCACUGUUUUUAUGCACUGUUGUUUGUACCACGAAGGCGAUCGCUGACAUCCUGAAUGAAGAGGAACCAACAGUUGCGUCUGGUACUACAUCACUAACUACACCAGAUAUAAAUCCAUAUCAUAAAACAUAUAAUCGAGUUCUAUUCACAGUAAUUUCAUCUCUCUCAACAUUUGGAUCAGUUGCUAUAAUUGUGACAUACUUUUUAUGGCGUGAUUUGCAGACUACAACCAGAAGAAUUCUUGUAUAUAUUUCUAUUGGAGAUUUCUUUGCGACUUACCCUUCAGUGGUCAUAUUUUGGACUAAACAGUACGAGAAAAAUGGCAUGUCUUGUAAAUUACAAAGCUUCAUUACGUCUACAGCUAUAAUGUGGUCAUUCUUUUGGACAACGUCUUUGGCUAUCUACUUAUACAUUGCUUUGGUGAAGAAACGGCAUGAUAUUUCAGAGAAAUUGAUGGUGACGUUUCAUGUUGUAAACUGGUGCCUACCGACAGUAUUGGUAGGUGCAGCAUUGUAUGAGAAACAACUUGGUACCACUAAGAGCGAAUCUACUGCGGGAUGGUGUUGGAUUCGAAUUGGGGAGGAUCGUGAAAGAGCUGUUAUUUGGAUGCUUAUUUGUGGGAAAUUUUGGGAAAUUUUAUCAUAUUUCAUUAAUGGUAUUCUUUAUUAUUGCAUCACUCGUACAAUUAAGAAAGAGGUGCGUCUCUCGGCAAAGUUUAUAAGUAACUUUUCAUUAUUUUAGACUUCACUCUCUAACACAUGUUCAUGCCUGGUGGCACCCAAUUACACUUUGGGACAACUCUGUUUUUAUUUAUGUCAUGCCAAAUACCAAUCGUACCAAUUACUUGUUCUGCCAUAAAUGUAUAUUAAUUAAGCCAUUUUAUCCAGGUUUCAGAAAGAAUGCAUCUCAUGUCACCACAAUCUAUACAGAUUGCGGAGCAGGGAAGAGGAAAACUGGUGCUUGUUCCUGUAAUUUUUGUCGUACUUCGAAUAUGGGGGACGAUAAGAUUUAUUCUUUUUGCAUCCUCAGCUCAUCCUCCAACUGUUUUUAAAGAUGUUAUGAUUACUUUGCAGGUAAGAAUCUUGAAAAGAAUGAUGUCUAAUAGUCCUAGAAUAUAUAGAGUGAAAUUAAAUUAGUAUUAGUUCUGUGCUGGAUUCUAAUUCUGACUCCAAUUAUAGCCUAAUUGCUUUACCAUUGUCUUAUUUGUACCAAUAUUCUUAUAAUAAUUUUAUCUAAAUUGCUACUAUAUUCUUAAUUACCCCUAAUUUAUUGUAUAGUAUAUUUGAAAAAUAACAACAUAAAGAAUUAUUACUCACGUUAGUUAAUAUAAUUGUUAGCUCUAAUAUUAUUUAUUCUAUUUUAGCUCAUUGGAGAUAAUGCUCAAGGAAUUACAAAUUUUAUUUUAUUUUGUGUGUUAACUGAGAAAUUCAAGCAGCAAAUAAUCAGAGUUUUUGGAAUUUGUAACAGACGAUAUAAAGCUGGUAGAUUGCCAUCAGGACAGGCAAACCCAGAUGUUCAUAGAACAUUCAGUGAUACGACUGGAGGAGACACAUACACAUUUUAUAGCUGA